AUGGAGGAAAUUGUGGAUGUUGUUCGACAGAUUGGCCGACAACAGGGAGAAAAUGUAUACUUUCGAGCUUGCUACACCCUUUUCAAACACCUCCAGGACAAGACCGAGCAAGCUUCCGAGGACUUGAUUCGCUUGCACCAAUCUGGUGCUUCUGGUUCAUUGUACGAUGAAUUUUACCCCGUAUACCAAAUCGCGCAAGAGCUCCAAGCAUCAGUCCAAAUCCUGGCUGACCAGUCACGUAAGGCACAGUCGGCCUGUGAAGAAUUUUGCGAGCUGGACCCUCGUUACUCAGCACGUGAAGCUUUCAAAUUCACCGAUAGCGCCCAAGAACCUGGCAAUGUUGAGAAUCAUGCAAACCGGGGUGUUUGUGAUAGCCCACGGUCGAUGCAGUUCAUAAUGGUGCCAGUGGAUGAUCUCUUUUUAAGAGUCGAUUCGGCAAACGAGAACGUAUCUACUUUAUCUUUGUAG